CACACUCAGCUGGCGGGCCAUGGGGCAACGCGCCCUAGCGCUGAGACUGCUGCAGGCACUGGCGAUUCUGAUGCUAAAGCCAUCACCGCUGCAGCCCCGGCAGCUGCCAGGGUCGCGCUGCCCCGAGCCCUGCGACUGCGCCCCUGACGGUGCCCUGCGCUGCCCCGGCCCUCGCGAAGGCCUCACCAGACUAUCACUCACCUAUCUCCUUGUCAAAGUGAUCCCAUCUCAGGCUUUCAAGGGACUUAAUGAGGUUGUAAAAAUUGAAAUCUCACAGAGGGAUUCCGUGGUAAGGAUAGAAGCUAUUCCCUUUGAAAACCUCCCCAAUUUGUCUGAAAUACUGAUCCAGAACACCAAAAACCUCGUAUACAUUGAACCCGGUGCUUUUACAAAUCUCCCUCGGUUAAAAUACCUGAGCAUCUGUAACACGGGCAUCCGAACCCUCCCGGAUGUUACGAAGAUCUCCUCCUCCGAAUUUAAUUUCAUUCUGGAGAUCUGCGAUAACUUACACAUAACCACCAUACCGGGGAACGCUUUCCAAGGGAUGAGUAACGAGUCCAUCACACUCAAACUGUAUGGAAAUGGAUUUGAAGAAGUACAAAGCCAUGCAUUCAAUGGGACGACGCUAAUCUCGCUGGAACUGAAAGAGAACAUACACCUGGAGAAGAUACACAGCGGAGCCUUCCAGGGAGCCACAGGGCCCAGCAUCCUGGAUAUUUCUUCCACCAAAUUACAGGCCCUGCCUAGCGACGGGCUGGAGUCCAUUCAGACCCUCAUCGCCAUGUCAUCCUACUCCCUGAGAACUCUGCCCCCCAGAGAGAAGUUCACCAGCCUGCUGGUGGCCACUCUGACCUACCCCAGCCACUGCUGCGCUUUCAGGAACUGGCCAAAGAAAAAACAGAAUUUUUCAUUUUCCACUUUUGAAAACUUUUCCAAACAAUGUGAAAGCACAGCCAGGAAACCGAAUAAUGAAACGCUCUAUUACACCGUUUUUGAGGAGAGUGAAUUGAGUGGCUGGGAUUACGAUUAUGGCUUCUGCUCACCCAAGACACUCCAAUGUGCUCCAGAACCAGACGCUUUUAAUCCCUGUGAAGAUAUCAUGGGCUACGCCUUCCUUCGGGUCCUGAUUUGGCUGAUUAAUAUCCUAGCCAUCGUUGGCAACUUGACAGUCCUCUUUGUUCUCCUGACCAGCCCCUACAAACUGACGGUGCCCCGUUUUCUCAUGUGUAAUCUCUCCUUUGCAGACUUCUGCAUGGGGCUCUAUCUGCUGCUCAUUGCUUCAGUGGACUCCCAGACCAAAGGCCAGUACUAUAACCACGCCAUAGACUGGCAGACCGGCAGCGGCUGCAGUGCAGCUGGCUUCUUCACUGUGUUUGCCAGCGAGCUCUCGGUCUACACACUCACAGUCAUCACUCUAGAGCGGUGGCACACCAUCACCUAUGCUGUGCAGCUGGACCAAAAGCUGCGGCUGAGACAUGCCGUCCCAAUCAUGCUGGGAGGCUGGCUCUUUUCUAGUCUGAUUGCCAUGUUGCCCCUUGUGGGUGUCAGCAAUUACAUGAAGGUCAGCAUCUGCCUCCCCAUGGAUGUGGAAUCCACUCUCUCACAAGUCUACAUAUUAUCCAUCUUGAUCCUCAAUGUGGUGGCCUUCCUCAUUAUCUGUGCUUGCUACAUUCGGAUUUACUUUGCAGUUCAAAAUCCAGAGCUGGUGGCUACUAACAAGGAUACUAAGAUUGCUAAGAAGAUGGCCAUUCUCAUCUUCACAGACUUCACGUGUGUGGCACCAAUCUCUUUCUUUGCCAUCUCAGCGGCCUUCAAAGUGCCUCUUAUCACUGUCACCAACUCGAAAGUUUUACUGGUCCUUUUUUAUCCUGUCAAUUCUUGCGCCAAUCCAUUUCUGUAUGCAAUUUUCACAAAGGCAUUUCAAAGAGAUUUCUUUCUGCUGCUGAGCAAAUUUGGCUGCUGUAGACACCGGGCUGAACUUUACAGAAGGAAGGAAUUCUCUGCCUAUACCUCCAACUGCAAAAACGGCUUCCCAGGAUCAAGUAAGACUUUCGAGGCUGCUCUGAAGUUGUCCACAGUGCACUGUCAACAUCCUGCUGUCCUAGACAAGACUUGCCACCAAGAAUGCUAAUGUGGUAACUUCAUUACUGAAUUGUACUUAGAUAUGGGGAAGAGAAAAGUCUACCUGAGCUAGUCACUUUCAUAUAAUGCGUUUUAGAAAAAUAUUUAUUCUUAAGCACUUUAGGAGAAUUGUACUUGGUUCAGAAGGUGGCCCGUGACAGGUGGUCAAUGGAACUGGGCAGUCAGAACUGCCCUCUGGAACUUGAUGACAUUAAUUUCAGGAGUGUUCAGGAACUUUUGUAACAAUUUAGACAAGAGUAAUUUUGUUUGUUGAA